AUGGCGUCGUCGUUGCAGCUGGAUCUCAGCAGCGAGGAGGUUUUGGCGCUCGUCGAGGCGGGCGUCAUUUCAGGCCAAACAAUCCACGACGCCUAUCGUGCAGAAGCAGCAUCGGCCGGAUGGCCUCGCAGCGACUUGCCUGAGAUUGACGUCUUGGAGUCUUUGGUGGCGAAGGGCGUCCUGACGAACGAGGGCGUCCUUGACUGGAUGCAGUCGGGCGUGGUGACGGCGCAGACAGGACCCGCUGGCGGGCGUUCGUCGAAGCCUCGCCGCCGCCCGACUGAUCCGAAGGACAAGGCGCCUUGGUACAUGCGCGGCUUGAAUGCCCCCAUCUUCGUGAAGACAGACCUCCAGCCGGAGCUGGCGUUGCUUUCGCGCCAGGGCAACUGCGUCGCGCACGGCAUCGGCCACGUGAUCGGCAAGGCGCUGGAUGCCGUAGCAUAUGCGAAGAUCUUCCCUGCCGCCGCUUCGCGUGGCCGCAAAUACGUGGACGUCGCCGCUGCGCUGGGCGUUGGUUUGCAGGAGGCGCCUGGGCGGGCUUGCGUCGUCGGCGCGUCGGAGAGCGGGCAGGUGAGCGACCUUUCUCUCCCUGGCGCCUACCUAUGUCAUCAGUCUGGCAAGAGAGUGGGGCAUUGCACGGGAGUUCGCGUACAUGAUCGCUACGUUACCAUUUGGGAGAAUAAGUACAAGUUUGAAACCACGUCCAAGGUAUCGGCGCCGCCAAACAUGUUGAUUUUCAAAGUCAUCAUCGCUGACAAGGGAGCGCAUGGCCAUUGCCUGGGCCGUCGUCUGCGCGGUCUCAGGGCCGGCACGUCUCGCGGGGGGGCUCCGCACUUAUCGCAGUAUUCCAGAGAUUUGGGGGCGGUCAUAGAGGACUCGGUGAUCCCUGAAACACAGGCUGCAGAAUUCGAGGUGCCAACGCAACCGGGCGACCCCCCGACGGUUGGCGCCGAGGACACGAUGGCGGCCGAGAUAUCUGAGGGAGCUCCUCGAGACGCCGCCAUGGUCGCGGCCUUGGCGAAGCGGAUGCGCAUCGCGGGGGCCGCCACUUCCCGGGAGACGUUCAAGUCGAUGUGGUCCGACGUGACGGAGAAGUCCUCGAAGCUCGCGAACUCGUCGGCCGCCGACCCGCCUCAGUUUCACGGAGUGGUGGCUGCUACGGAGAGGCUUGCCGAUAUCGUUAACAAAAACCACGAGGAGUGGAACGACGAUGUCAAAAGGCUUGGGAUGGCAGCUCUAAUGCUGUAUCGGAGCAGGCAAUCUGAUGUCAGCCUCCUUCAGCACGUUCAGCUUCUCUGGGUGCUUCUGGGCGGGCGCGAGCUGCGGGCGCACUCAGGUCGUGCUUAUUUUUACGAUCAUUCCCUUGGACAUUUCGAGGGCUUCGACGGUCUCAUGCCGCCGACCGUGCUAGCUGCCGCUGGCAAUGCCAUGCUGACCUUGGAAGGGUUGUUCAGGUCCUUCAAGGCGCCUGUCGCGCGCAAGGACGCGGACGUACUGAAUGCGAUCGAUUCGUCCAUCAAGGAGGCCUUGGCGCAGAACAACAACGACUUGCCGAGUGCAAUGUUGACUUUCCAUGACAACUGCAUGUUCAACAAAGGCAAUAACUUGUUGAAAGCAGGGGGCGCCGCGCCUGGCAGGCAGAGCGAACCGGGCGGCGACGGCGAGGAUGCAGAGGGCGCCCUUGCAGCCCCUGCACCGGACACGAGCAAUUCGGCUGACAGCUGGUUCGUGCUAACGGCUCAGACCAUAUCCAAAGUGUCAACUAAGCUUCAGUAUGAGUUGUUGGGAAACAAGUUGGUUCCUUAUUUCAUUGAGUGGUGUUUAACUGACAUGCAGCGGGUUCCAGGAUGCGCGUGCGCUGACUGCUGCGUGUUGUACGAUCGCAGCGCUUUCGAGAACGUUUGCUUGUUGUCGUCUCGUUCACCAGAGAACAACAUAUAUCUCGGCAUCCCGACACCUCUGCUGGACCCGGUGCUCGGCGCCGCCAUGGAGCGCGUUCAGCGCGUGUAUGCAGCGCAGGCAUUGGCCAAGCGCGGUCAAAACAUCGACCAAAUAACUGUGUAUUGGGGGCCGGGCGGCGUCGGCCUAUCCCUCUACACUUCGCACUUGCACGCGAUGUACGGCGAUGAGAACCACAAGUUCUUCGAUCCGAAUAUACUUUUCCAGGGCGAGGAGAUGCGGAAGGUGGUGGAACUCUUGGUCGGCGGCUGCAUCUUCACCGGCCAGGGGCGGCCCUCGGGGCAGAGGAGUAGCAUGCGCCAGGACUUACUCAAGAAGUUCGCCACGGCCGACACCAUCGCGGGGAGACUGCCGUACUCCAUCUUGACGAAGAUGUACAGGAUCAUCGGGUGGAAGCGCAUGGAGGUAAACCAGUUCUUCACUUUCGACAACGUCAACGAGCACAACCUGGAGUCUAUUGUGCGCCGCAUCGCCAUCAUCAAGAUACAGUCGCGGUUCUUUGACAAGCUCUACGUUGAUAAGAUUAUUCUCACCGACCCGAGCAGAUACGGCAUCUUCGCGCGCGAUCCCGACGCCAGGGACUUCAUGAUUAGCGGGGCCGCAGUUGCGGCAGGCCAUAAGAUUCAGUACGCGUUCGAGGUGGAGAACGGGCCCGAGGCGUGCAGAGACAUUUUGGUGAACUACACGAAGUGCGGCGGUGACCAUGGAGUAACCGAGACAUACGUCAGGAUCGCUUGUCAUAUCAAGGCGGACAACGCUGCGGAAUCAGCGGCGAGCGCUGUCGCCGAGGGCUUGGUUGACCCGCCGUCCCAGGACGGCCAUUUGCCGAGUUCGCCGAUACUCCUUCUCAGCAACCAUUUGGUGAAGGAGCUGCAGCGGAAAGGAUUGAACUACUUGACUUACAGCGUGUUCCGAGCGUCUGCAACACCUCCCGGCGCUAGGCUGAAGGGUAACAAAGAAGAACAAUGGGAGUCGUUGAAAGGCAGCGACUUGUGGAUCGACGUCGGUUCCAAGGGCAAGGCGGAAGAUCGUCUGAUUCCGCGCGUCAAGACUCAGAGAGACGCUUCGAUUCUUUGUUCACGGCGGCCGCCAUGCUGCGAUGCGAUAUACCCGGAGCAUUGCGACGCAUCGGCGCUGGAGGCGGCGCGGUGUACAUCCAGAUUGGCCAACGAGAAGACUUUGGCAGGCGCGUUUAACGCGCUCGCAUCGGCGAUUGCUCCUGCGCGGGGGCGGCCAGCGAAGGGCGUCCUCGAGAGGAUCGAGAGUUUGGAUGAGAGGGCACAGAAGAUUUUGUCAAUGACAGAGACGUCGCAGCGGCUGCUUGACCGGAGUAAGAGGUCGGCCGACCUCGAGGUUAAGAGAAGGAAGUUGGCCUCGAAGCAGCCGAGCGUUGAGAAGUCUCCAACCCGCCAUACUGGAAGGAAAGAAACAGUCCCGCUUGACAGCUUCAAGAGCUACAGGCGCGCAGUGGAGUGGCCGUCUCGGCAGUACGUCAACGAGGAGCUCUCGGCGCAGGCCAUGGACCAACGAUUACAGCACGUGUUUUUUUCGAGCACUUUCGAUUUGGAUUUCGUGAACUGCGUUUUUUGUUUAUUGGCGCAGAUCAUUGAAAAGUUGGGGAUCAUUGGCGCUCAGCUGUUCGCGGACGAGAUUGCUGCGCUACAGCGCGUUCACGCAGAUCGAGAGGGCGUCUGCAGGCGGAGGGAGAGGGUCCAUGGGGCAGGUGCUUUGGCGAGCGAAGAAGCUUGGGCGAGCUUUCCUCUGGCUCCUGAUAGGGGCGUCUUCAAAAUGUUGCCGUUCAAGGGCAAGCGAGUCUUGAUCAAGCUGAUAUGCGGCGGCGCUUUGCCGAAGGAAUUGUCCGAGAACGAGUUCGCCAAGAUGCUGGUGAGAACAGCGCGUUUCCUGCGUUGGCUAGCCGUGGGGCUGUGCCCGGAGCAGUUCAAGCUCCUAGAGUCCGCGCAGGACAAGUGGUCAGAGGCAUCGUUGGCCAGCUACAUGUGGCAAGGCGUUGAGGAUUAUUGUUUGGAGCAGUGGGUCGACUUUGUCAUGGAAGAGAAAGUCAGUCACGUAUCUUUGCAUUUCGACGGCCUGCGCGUCGACAAGGGGCGCGUCCUUUUGAGCCAGGCGGGCGGCGAUGCGCAGGCCACGGCAGUUUCGGACGCAGAGAAGGCGCUGUUCUCUGCCGGCAAUGGCAUCUUCUGCGCAAUGGCUGCGCUCGCGGGCAACUGGUCGGAUAUGUCGACGAAGGCCGCUGCCGCCGCAACGCCUCCCAGCGCAGCGGCGGCCUCGGCGGCCUCGUCGCCGCUGAUCUGGGCGCCGCCUCGGCGCUCGUAUCGGACAUGUGCGAGAGCGGCCAAUGUGAAGCUGUUGCCCGUGGAAGUGGCACAGGAAAGUUGUCCUGGGCUAUUCCUAGUGCACUGCGAGCCAGACGUUGCGCCGCUUUGCGUCGGCAUCGACGUGAAACAGCGUGGGCCGCACAAGUGCUACGUCGGCAGGGAGCGCUGGAGUCUGCCGGCCGGGGCGCUGGACGAGGCGGUGUUGGCGGCUCUCGAUCGGUGUAUGGUAGUGGCAUUUCAGAUGAAGCCCGCCGAUCGAGAUGACGAAGAUCAUCGAGAUAGUUCUUUGGAUGGCGCAUUGGAUUUAUUUGCGGGCGCCGGCAUCGAGGCAGAGAACAUUGCGCAGCUGUCGAAGUAUUCGAGCACGGCGGCAGCAUCUUACACUCAGAAGGGUUAUCUUGGGACGUACCUCGAGGCGGCGUUCGCUCUCGGCGGCGGGCAUUCGUCGACCCUUGGCGAUGACGUCGCUGCACGCGACGCCAUGGACAUGGUGGCCGGAGCCGGCGUCGAGGAGGAGGGGGCCGUUGACGUCGCGAACGCCGACGACGAGCACGCCGAGGAAUUGGAUGGCGAUUCAUGCGUGCGCGUGCAUGCGAAUCUCUUGCAGCUACUACGUGACGAGGUUACUGACUUCGAGAUGAUCGUGAAGUCGCUCUCUCGCACAGGCGCCACGAAGGACGGGAAUGGGAGCCGUUCAAGGCGCGUGGGAAACACGUACUACACGAAGGAGUUCGCCGAGCUCGUCUUCCGCGAAUCCAUCUUGCACGAAGGUCGAGUGCGCCCGAUGAGGGCGAGGAUUGUGACGCGCUUUAAGGAAGCCGGCAGUUGCGUCACGCACCUUCUACCAGGAAAGGUCGUUCAGUGGUUGUCGUUGAUGGAGGACGUAUUCUCGUCUCCGUUCGUAGAGGAAUUGCGAACCAAUCUCAUGGGCGAGUUGGUUGAUAAUACAGAGUUUGAGCACGUUUCGUUGGAUGCAACUCUGCGCACUGCCAUGCGCGUGAAAGGCCAGGCGAACUACAGGGAACCGGCAGAGAUUCGAGCGGCGGCGCCGUUUCCAGACGGCGUUGCCAAGAGGCGCAUUUGGACUGCCAAAGGUCGCACGUCAGCCGCCAUUGGCAUGUGGCCCGUGGCCAGCGAAGCGGCAUCCGUCGUGAAGGCGGCUCUUCGAAAUCACUUGCCCGAGCGAGCUCUCCAGCAGUGCGUCUCAGUGGCAUCAGAUGAUCCGUCGGCGACAUUGUUUGCAGAGCUCAAGCAAAUCAUGCCUCAGCUCAAGUUUUUGUGCCUAGAUCUUGUUCAUCUCGCAAUUGUGUAUAAUCAGGCGCACUGGCGGAAACAUUCUCCGGGCCAGGCAGUUUUGCGAAUCAUUUUGAAUAAAUUCAAUGAAGUGAGCUCAGAUUUAAAUGGCGCCGCGUGGGGCGCCCCUUACACGGGCCACCAGGCUAGCUCGCUGUCUGCCGCCGAGGGCCGCGCGCAGUCGUUGAUGGCCGGCGGCGGCAUGCAGAAGCGCCGAGCGCACAAGAUCAUUGCAGAUCUCGACGCCAAUGAGCCAUUCGUGAGAAAACUUGAGUUCAUCGAGGCAUUGGCGGCAUUGACGUGGUUUAAGAACCAGCCGGAGUUGUACGCGCAGACUUUAGAGCUCCAGCUCGGCGUCAACGUAAUCGGCAAGCAAAUGAUGCAUAAUUCAGCUAUGCACGCCCCCACUCUGCGCCAGCUGUCUUCGCAAACUGUCGCAGCUAGCGUGGUCUGCUCGUUUGCGAUAUCCGCCGCCGAGCGGGCAAAUCAUUGCGCUUCUCAGGCGCAGGAGCAGAGGGCGCCGCGGAAAGCGCAGCUUCCGCUGGCGCUGCAGCGCAAAGCCGCUGAGCCCCUGGCGAACAAGUGGAAGGUGGAUCACAAGCGCAUGGUUGUUGCGCGCAAGCCAGCAGGGCAACAACAAUUCAUUCGCACCCUGAAGCGGCCGGGCGCAGCCAAGCAGCGCAAGCGCACGCCCUUCUCUCUUGUUCGGAAGCGCAGCUAG